AUGGCCGGCCCUCCGAAUCGACGUGUCAAGGUAUUCAUCGGCUCCGAAGCAUGGCCUCUCACCCCCGAAAACCGGCCGCCUGGCAUCCCCGAAGACCACACCACCGGCUGGAAAGUCUACGUCAGGAACUUGGAGGGCGGGCCGAACAUCAAUGUCUGGCUGAAGAAAGUGCAGUUUAAACUGUUUCACACGUACACGCCAGCGCUACGAACUGCGGAGCAGGAACCGUUCGAAGUCACGGAAACCGGCUGGGGCGGCUUCCAGGUCGACAUCCGCCUCCAUUUCCAACCCGUCACCAGCGAGAAGGCCCAGUGGCGCUUCCACUACCUGCAACUCGAACCCUACGGCUCCGACGCCGAUAAAGCGCAGCAGAAGGCCCGCGGUCGCGUUGUCUCCGAGUCGGUCGAGAUCCUCGAAUUCAACGAGCCGAGCGAGCCGCUCUGGGAGGCGCUGACGUCGGACUCGCAGUGGGACUACCUCAACCCGGCGAAGGGCGGGGGAAAAGGCAAGGCGAAAGGACGUGGCCAGAUGAGCGUGGCGAAUAUGCCGGUCAUCGGGCUGGGGACGUCGGAGCUGGCGGACAAGUCGACGCCGUCGAACCCGUACUCGAAGGAGAUGGAGGAUAAGUAUAUUCGGUCGUUCGAGACGGCGGGGGCGGAGGUGGAGAGGCUGCUGCAGGAAGAGAACGAGCGGUUGAAGAAGAAUGAGGAGAGGAUUCAGGAGUUGACGGAGAGUGGGGAUUUUGUUCCGUCGAAGAAGAAAUGA